AUGUCGCCUUUGAUCUUUAGCUUCCCCCAGGAUUAUGGGUAUGUUGCCCUUGCGGCGGCUUCUACUGGAUUUCUAGGUUUGUUUCAAACCUUGGCCGUAGGCAAGGCCCGCAAGGCAGCCAAAGUGCCGUACCCCUCGGCCUAUGCUUCUCACGAGGAGGCGCUUGCCGAUCCAGCUAAGAUGAAGUUCAACUGUGCUCAGCGCGCGCAUGCCAACACCUUAGAAUCAUUACCAUAUUUCUUGUUCAGUUUGCUAUUUACUGGCCUGAGACACCCUCGUUUUGCAGCCAGCUGUGGUGCGCUGUGGGUAGUGGGCCGAUUGGUUUAUACCCUAGGUUACAACACUGGAGACCCUUCUAAGCGGAGCCGGGGCGCAUUCCAAGCUCUUGGCUAUCUAGGUCUUAUGUUAGGCUCUACCUGGGUUUCCUUACAAAUGGUAAUGGAGACGUUCUGA